CUCUCUUCUCACUCGAUCUUGAGCCUUCUGAGUUUGAUCUCCAAGGCUAAUUUUUCUUUCGUAUAAAUGUUUUGUUUGUUUUCUUAGUGAAGAUUAUUGGUUUUUUGAAUUCCGAUUUUUAAUUUCUCUUACGGAAUUUUUUUUAUUAGUUUCUGUGAGUUCCGAUUUUUACUUUUACUGAAUCUUGAGUUUAAUGGACCGUAGAGACUGUUUUUAAGCUACUGUUUGGCUGCUAAGAAACAGUAAAAAAAUGUGAAAGAGCAGCCUUACGAUGCUGAACUGAACUAACCGGAGAGUACUGUAGGGUCUUUUUAUUCAUUUUUUUGGGAAAAAAGCAUCUUUGAGGAUUUAUUUCUUUGAAUCAUGAUAUUGAUGUUAUUUGAAAAAAUGAUAUCUAUAUCGACAAAUAUGUUCGGUUUUUAGUUUUCUUCUUCUUCUUCUUUUUAUCGUUUUUGGAUUUAUCGUUUAAUUUAAAAACAGUGGGUUAGUUUAAGAUGAAGCAAUCAAUUACGCUGACUUAUUUCCUUUCAACUUAAAAUGGUUUAAGAUGAAACAAUGGAUCAGUAGUGCUGCUAUAAAUUUAGGUUUCGUUUUGUGGAUGUUCUUUGGAUGAUUUGUUUAGUGAUUCUUUCUUUUGUGGCCAUGCAAAAUUUCCUUAAUUUCAAUACAGAAAAAAAUUAUGCGAGCCAAAAGGUUUCAAAUGCAUCGUAUAUAGGUUCUUUUCUUUAAAGAACCUUUUUUUUAAUGAUCAUGUACUGUCAUUGGGAAGUGGAAAGUUGUAAAAGUGGGUGGUUUUAAGCCAAAUGUGAUGUUGUGAACCAUAGCUGGACAUAUUUUCUAGGUGCCAAUGUCAUAGCCUAAGUAGCGGGAAAGAGUUUAGAUUGUUGUUUUACUUCUACAUAUCUGUAGUAUUUUGGGUGUGUAUUGUUGGUAUCAGGUUUGGCUCAGCAUUGGCUUGAUGUUUGCUUUUCACCUCCUUUUUAUUGUUCUGGGGUUAGUUUCUUACAAUUAUGUUUUCCUUUUCAGGCUAUAACCCCUACGAUACUGAAGAUAUUGAAGGGCUCUUUCUCAACAGCGAAUGAUUUUAUGCAUGUUUCAUUGACACUUGUGCAAUGUCGGGGUUACUUAAUUCUUCUAUUAAUGGAUCAGCUUCAAAUCUUCCAGACAGUAGCGGACGUUCUUUUGGAACAUCUUUCUCAAGUCAGUCCGGUACUAUUCAAGGCCUGCACAAUAUUCAUGGUAGCUUUAAUAUUCCCAACAUGCCUGGUACCCUCACAUCUAGAAACUCAACAUUAAGUAAUGUUCCAACUGGUGGGGUUCAACAACCUACUGGGAGCCUUUCUGGUGGCAGAUUUGCAUCAAAUAAUCUCCCUAUUGCUCUUUCUCAGUUAUCUCAUGGCGGCUCCCAUGGACAUUCAGGAGUGACAAAUAGAGGAGGUAUUAGUGUUGUAGGAAACCCUGGAUUUAGUAGUAACACAAAUGGAGUUGGUGGUUCUAUACCUGGGAUUCUACCAACCUCUGCUGCAAUUGGUAACCGUAAUGCUGUUCCAGGAUUGGGAGUAUCCCCAAUUUUGGGAAAUGCAGGUCCUAGGAUCACGAGUUCUAUGGGAAACAUGGUUGGUGGAGGCAACAUCGGGAGGAGUAUGAGCUCUGGUGGAGGAUUAUCUGUACCUGGUCUUGCAUCUCGUCUAAAUUUAAGUGCCAAUAGUGGAUCAGGAAGUUUAAGUUUGCAGGGACAGAAUCGGUUGAUGAGUAGUAUGCUUCCUCAAGGAUCUCCUCAGGUAAUUUCAAUGUUAGGCAAUUCUUAUCCUAGUGCUGGGGGUCCACUUUCCCAGGGCCAUGUUCAAGCUGUGAACAAUCUUAGCUCUCUGGGAAUGUUGAAUGAUGUGAACUCAAAUGAAAAUUCCCCUUUUGACAUAACUAAUGAUUUCCCUCAGUUGACAAGUCGUCCUAAUUCUUCUGGAGGGCCUCAAGGACAAUUGGGUUCAUUACGAAAACAAGGUCUUACUCCCAUUGUUCAACAGAACCAAGAGUUCAGCAUUCAAAAUGAAGAUUUCCCUGCUUUACCAGGCUUUAAAGGUGGAAAUGCUGAUUAUGCAAUGGAUUUGCACCAGAAGGAGCAACUUCAUGACAAUACCAUUUCAAUGAUGCAAUCUCAGCAAUUCUCUAUGGGGAGAUCUGGAGCAUUUAAUUUGGGUGGAUCCUAUUCAUCUCAUCGCCCACAGCAGCAGCAACAUGCUCCAUCAGCCAGUAGUAGUGGCGUCUCCUUUGCAUCUGUAAACAACCAAGAUCCUCUUCAUUUACAUGGCUCUGAUAUUUUCCCAUCUUCGCAUUCGGGCUACCACACACAGAACAGUGGGCCACCUGGGAUUGGGCUAAGACCUCUAAAUUCCUCAAAUACGGUUUCUGGUAUGGGUUAUGAUCAGCUCAUCCAGCAAUAUCAGCAACAUCAAAACCAGUCCCCGUUUCGUCUGCAACAGAUGUCAGCUGUCAAUCAGUCAUUUAGGGAACCAGGCUUGAAAUCAACACAGGCUGCGCAAUCUGAUUCUGACCCUUUUGGUUUACUUGGUUUGCAAAGUGUAAUAAAGAUGACUAAUCCUGAUCUGACUUCCCUUGCUCUUGGAAUUGAUCUGACAACUCUUGGCUUAAAUCUGAAUUCAUCAGAAAAUCUUCACAAGACUUUUGGUUCUCCAUGGUCAGAUGAACCUGCUAAGGGUGAUCCAGAGUUCACCGUGCCACAAUGUUAUUAUGCUAAGCAACCACCUGCUUUGCAUCAAGGCUAUUUCUCGAAGUUUACAGUGGAUGCGUUGUUCUAUAUAUUUUACAGCAUGCCAAAAGACGAAGCCCAAUUAUAUGCUGCAAAUGAACUUUAUAAUAGAGGCUGGUUUUACCACAAGGAGUUCCGAUUCUGGUUCAUGAGGGUCCCCAAUGUGGAGCCACUAGUUAAGACAAACACAUACGAGAGAGGUUCAUACCACUAUUUUGAUCCCAACUCAUUUGAAAUAAUCCGCAAGGAUAAUUUUGUUGUCCAUUACGAGUUGUUGGAAAAGAGACCGUCGCUACCUCAACAUUAAUAUUCUUCCCCCUCAUUUACACUGUAAAGCACAAGCAUGUAAUUCAUUCCUUAUAACAUCAGUUUGCAGCGUUUGUGUUUUUGCAAAUUUUAGCGAUUUUAAGCAUUUCUGUUUAUCUUUUUCCCAAUGAGUAGCCAUUGUAGCUUCUUUACAAAUCUAAUGCAUACCAACAUUUCCAUC